UUAUAAUUCUGAAUUUAUGAUUGGAGUUGUUAAUAAUCAGUUGGAUUUAACAAUUUUAAUUAAACAAAGACGAAAUCAUGAAGCAUAUACUAAUCAAAAGAUGGAAAAACGUAUAAGAGGAAUACGAUAUCAAGAAAAUCAGGUAGAUUAUAAUUUUACCAACAGUAUGGUAUCUUAUUUAACAUCAAAUUCUACUGCACGACCUGGAAUUCCAAGGUAUAAUCAUUGGAUCACUCAACCUCGUUUAGAAACUUUAAUUCAAGGCAUAAAUGUUCCAAGAUUGCCUGAAAUUUCAAUUGCUAACGUUAGUGAAUUUCAUCCUAUUAAUUCUGGUGGAUUUG